GCCCCAGUGCCAGAUUAUCCUCCCAACAACAGAGUCAGUGCAAAGGAGAGCAUGAGGAACAUCAGCACAGGUGCAGGAGCUGUGGAGGUGAGAAAAGAAGGACUUGAGGCACAGAUCAGUCGACUGGCUGAGCUGAUUGGACGUCUGGAGAAUAAGACAGUUUGGUUUGACCUACAUCAGCGACUAACAGACACUGAUGGCACAACUAGCGCAUCUCUUUACCUGAUCCGCCAGGAGAUGAACGUUUCCCAGAAGCAGCUGGGAGAGUUCUGCGAGGCCCUGAAACAAUACCUGAAGAAUGUGUCUGCUCAAAGAGACUGUUUCCAUGUGACGGCUGUGCGGCUGCCUGACGGCCUUUCCUUUGUGGUGUAUGAGUUCUGGGAUGGAGAGGAGGAAUGGAAGAGGCACAUUCAGACUGCAGCUUGCAAGGCUUUCCAGCAUGUGAAAGUGGAUACUCUGUGCCAGCCCGAGGCUGUGUCCGCUGUCGCUGUGCCUGCCGCCUGGUGCAGCUUGAACAGAGACUGAGAAGCCAGCCGGUCUGCAGGUGGAAUGGUCCCGCCUUAUGCCUGAAAACCUUCUCUUCUUCCUCCCUCUGUCACAGUCCCUGCUAUCUUAACUACCCCCACCCCUUUCUCUCUGUGCUUUCCCCACUCUGUCUCCUUCUUUUUGUAGUUACUUGUUUACACAG